GAAUUUGCUUCAGCCUUACUCGGGAAAGGUAGCUUGCUAACAACCAGGAAACGCCCAUGUCAUGUGUUACCGGGGUGGACAGCAACAAACAUAUUGAUAACAGGCAGGGUGUUGGCUGGGAACACAGCGAUUUAUCUCGCACAAUGGCAAGCAAGCAUGAGAAGUUGCAGAGGUUGUCAGAUGCGUCUGAUAACUGUUUGGAGAAGCUGGACGUAGUCGUGGGGAAGCUGUAUGCCCUGGCGGACGAACUGGAUGUACAGCAGAAGAAGAUGGACAUCGCAAAGAUUAGCUUCGCAAGCUCUGGAUUAGUUGGAGGGGGUCUCGCCAUUGCAGGUUUCGGUCUAUCCUUUGUCACAUUUGGAGCGUCUCUGAUCCUAACGGCUGUGGGAACAGGCAUCGCUGUGGCUAGCGGUGCUGGGGGAAUCGCUACAACAAUUGCUGAGAAAAUCGUUAAAAGUAACAGAGUCAAAGAAGCUAAGGAAGCGGUGCGAGAGUAUUCCUCUGCCCUAGCAGACUUUGUGCUCGUUCUGGAAGUAUUCAGUGACGCCUUGACACACGAAGAACAGACCCGGAUGCUUGAUAUCCUGCAGUCAUCCUCUAUUGAUGGAGCUUCAUCUGAGGAUCUAUUCAGUGACGUGCAGGAUAAUUCCAUGGCCAUUGGUGCCUAUAUGAAAGCUCACAAAAUUCUCAAAGCGGCCAAAAUUGUUGAUGCCACAGUUGGUGCUAUAGAGAUUGGGGCUAAAACAGGCCUCCACGCCAGUGCCAAGGCUGGCCAGGCGGCUGCUGAUAUCGGCGGAGAGGUGUUCACAGCUGGAAAGGAGGCAUUCCGAGCUCUGGGCACUGCCGCGAAAGUCAUCAAGGUGGGAGGGGUAGUCUUGUCAGGAGUUGGUGUCAUCGUUGACGUCGGUGCUAUUAUAUACUACGGCAUCAAAAUACGUAAACGUAAGCCAUCCGAGAUUGCACAAAUGAUUCGCAAAGUUGCCAGAUCCUUGGAAGACAAGGAUGAAGCACUGGAGCAAGAGGUCGCGUUUGAGAAAGAUGAGGAGCGACUGUCCAGGGAGGUGGAGACCAAGAUGGGCCUUGAAGGUCAUGACGAGGUGAAGGUCGUGGAAUAAUGUCACUGAGUUGUAUAUCCCAUCCAACGCCUUGUGCUGGUUUUGUGAAAGAACGUUGUGAUUAUUGUAGAUAGUGAACAUUAAAUAUUAAACCGAGUAUGAUUUGCAUCAUCUAUUGCACAAGUAUAAUACAUUCCUUAUUUUUCACAAAGUAUGCUGAAACAGGCGCUCUUUGUAUUUGCUUCUUGUCUAACACCCACUACCAACUAAAAUGCGCGUCAAUGAUGUAGCGUUGUUGUUCGGUAUAAACUCAGUACAAAAGGUCCUUUUCAAAACUAGGUGCAUGCUUGAAGUAUUUGUAGUAAAAUCCUUUAAGGGCUUGUUGCGGCAAGUUUGAUCAAAUUGAUUGUUCAUUGUUCUCUCAACAGCUGCCACAAUCCAGUCUCUACUAAAAUGUCGGGGUGAAUGAAAUACCACAUGAGUUCAAUAUUUCUUCAACACAGCUAAGCCAUUGACAAAUCAGCUUUCACAAGAUUAAAUAUAACUUGUGAUAGCUUAGGGGGUUUACGUGGGUUAUGUAAUUUAUGCCAAAAGCUGUCUUUUACUAACUUGUAUAUUGAAUGGGACCCGUCCAAGUUCACCAUAUCUACAAAACUUCGGGGUUGAUGUCGUCAGACCAGAAGCAAUAUUUACAACUUGUAAAUGGAUUCUGUCAAUAGCUUCAGCUUUUUCAUAUCCCCAUACUUGGGAUCCAUACAGUAGUAUGGGAGUCACCAUAACGUCGAAUGCUUUAAAUGGACAGUCAAAGGAUAGAUUGAGGUUUCUCGUUUUUUUGUGAGUAAACGAAACAUUGUGCAUUAGUUCCGUUCUGGAACACACUGACAAUGAAUCUACAUAGCUGUUUCAUAACGGCUUGCACCAAUGUAUAAACAGUUUGAGCAAAAAGUACCUUGACAGUUCUUUUGUACAACUUUCAUGAAAUGUUUUCAUUCAAUGCUUAAUUAAUUACACUUAAAAGUAAUUUUAACAAUAUCUAUUCGUGCUUCCAUAAACACGUCGUAACUAUUAGUGCAGUCAUUAUGCAAAAAGGUCAAGUGUUAAAAAACAUUCAUGCAUUAUCAACAAACGUUUAACAUUGACUAGUUUUAUCAAUGUGAAUUAUGAUUUGGGAAUUAUGAUAAACUAUGACUGAUCUCUUGGAAUUCUCUCAACAUUGUGAUAUGUUUACCGCUAUUGUAUAUCAGCGUUAUCCAUUACUUUUACAAUUACCUAAACAUAGGGAUGAUGUAUGUCACUCACAUCUAUGUAUCACUUCCUUUUUGCAAAAAGGUUUCCGAUUUAAUUUUAAAGUAAAUCUUUGUAUAUGUUCCUCUUUGUACUGUCCUUCGACAAACAAUGUAGACAAUAUAGAUGUUGAUAUGUUCAAGUCACAACAUGGCUUAACUAUUGCCAGCGUCAGUCAGUUAGCCAUACACACACACGCACAAACACGCACAGACACAGACACACA